CAUUAGGAAUUAUUUAUUUCAUUCCUAGACAAAAUACCGACCACAUUAAGAAUAAUCAUAUUCAACUCUAACACAAAUUAAUCAAACGUUAUUUUCAUGCCUUCAAGAAAUGUCACAUUCAAUAUAAAAUAUUUUAUUUUUUUGUUUCUCUUUUACUUCACAUUGCUUCAAUUCUUGCUUAUACAGCUUCUUUAAAAUCAAACCUUCUUUUCAAAUUCUCUCAAAUUUCAGAAUCUCUUCUUACACUUCACCCUCAAAGGAAGAGAGAGAUUCUAAACUCUAUACAAAAUGAAGAACACAAACACCAACACAAAACUCAUUCUUCUUCAUCCAUAUAUCCAAAAACAAGGAAACUCAAAUCGGUUAUGGCUUCUAGCAUUCAUAUCAAUUCUCACUUUAGCUUUCCUUGCAACACUCAUUUACACGAGAGACCGAGAAUCAUCCUUAAACAACACAAACACUUCCAUAAUUUCAUCUGUUAUUAGUACCAACGCUGUUUCUGCACCAUUACCAGCAACAGUUAUCAACACUCUUCUUCACUAUGCUUCGAAAUCCAACGACACAUACCACAUGACAUACUCGGAUAUCAAACCAAUCUCCGACGUGCUUCGAAAAUGUUCGUCCCCGUGUAACUUGCUCGUUUUCGGUCUCACGCCGGAGACGCUUCUAUGGAAAGCACUUAACCACAAUGGAAAAACAGUGUUCAUAGACGAAAAUCGAUAUUACGCAGCAUAUAUAGAAGAAAAACACCCUGAGAUUGAUGCUUAUGAUGUUCAAUAUACAACGAAAAGGAGCGAGAUGAAAGAGUUAAUAGCUUCUGCUAAAGAGCAUGUAGCAAAUGAAUGUAAACCAGUGCAGAAUCUUUUAUUCUCGGAUUGUAAACUCGGAAUUAACGAUCUUCCAAACCAUGUUUACGAGGUUGAUUGGGAUGUUAUAUUGGUUGACGGACCGCGCGGGGAUUGGCCGGAAGCACCCGGAAGAAUGUCCGCGAUUUUUACCUCCGGCGUGUUGGCUAGAAGUAAGAAAGGUGGAAAUCCUAAAACUCAUAUUUUCUUGCAUGAUUUUUCUGGUGAAGUGGAACAGGUUUGUGGGAAUGAGUUUUUGUGUAAAGAGAAUUUGUUGGAAGCAAGUGGAAGUAUGGGGCAUUAUGUUUUGGAAAGGAUGAAUGAGAGCAGUGUUCAGUAUUGUAAAGGGUCUUCAUCAUCAACAGCAUUAUCCACUUAAUGCAUGUCUGAAAUCACGGUGAAUUUGACAAAAUCACACUGAGAACGCGAUUUUAUAAAAAGAUUCGACGACUAAGUGUGAUUCUGAAAAAUUUAUCGUUAGUCGGGUUCUUGUAAUAAUCAUGUUAGUUACACAAUUGGUUCAUUUUCCAUUGGUUAUUUUACCCUAAUGGUGUUUUGGGUAUUUAUCAUCCAUUUUAUUCUCCAUUUGUGUUUGUAUGUUACUUGGUUUGAUGCUUGUAAAAAUUAAUAAUUCUUUUUGUUUUUCAUUAAAUUUUCCCUUGAUGACAAUGAAAAUUAUAAUUUGUUCAA